AAGCAGUGGAGGAGACAGCAUGCCGGGCGGGCUGGCGCUCCGGGCAUGGGGACCCCGCGUGCACUGUGGCCACUUGUCUGGGCCGUGCUGCAGCUGGGCUGGCGGCCAGGAUGGCUCCUAGAUGCCCCCAGCAGGCCCUGGAGCCCCCUCACCUUCUCCCCGGCCCGGCUCACUGUGCCCGAGGGCGCGAACGCCACCUUCACCUGCAGCUUCUCCAGCAAGCCCGAGCACUUCGUCCUCAACUGGUACCGCAUGAGCCCCAGUAACCAGACGGACAAGCUGGCCGCCUUCCCCGAGGACCGCAGCCAGCCUGGCCGGGACCGGCGCUUCCACGUCACGCCGCUGCCCGGCGGGCGACGCUUCCAAAUGAGCAUUGUGGCCGCCCAGCGCAAUGACAGCGGCGUCUACUUCUGUGGGGCCAUCUACCUGCCCCCCAAGACGCAGAUCAACGAGAGCCGGCCUGCGGAGCUCACGGUGACAGAGGGGGUUGUGGAGCUGCCCACAGAACGCCCCAGCCCCCCACCCAGGCCCGAGGGCCAGUUACAGGGCCUGGUCACCGGCAUCACAAGCGCCCUGCUGGGGCUUCUGCUCCUGCUGACCUGGGUUCUGGCGGCCGUCUUCCUCUGGGCCACUCGAGGUAAGUGGGGUAGGGCUGCAGCCCAGCUGACCGGAAAGCCCCUGUGGGAGGAGGACUCCGCCGGGCCUGAACGCACCGUGGACUACGGGGAACUGGACUUCCAGUGGCGAGAGAAGACCCCGGAGCCCCCGGCCCCCUGUGUCCCUGAGCAGACCGAGUACGCCACCAUAGUCUUCCCGGGCAGGCCGGGCUCCCCAGGCCGCAGGGCUUCCGCGGACAGCCCGCAGGGGCCCCGGCCUCUGAGGACUGAGGACGGACACUGCUCCUGGCCCCUCUGA